AUGGUACCAAACCUUCCAAGUGGGUAUGUGUUUGCUCUCAAAGCCUGUUACAAGGAGGGUUGCAUCCAUCCAGUUUGCAAGAACGGAAAACCAGCCAAUGAUUCAUUAUGGUUCCCAGGAGGGCCAAGUAUUCAGUACCUGCCAUUUCCAGUACCAGACCCUAAACGACCUUGGGGAGCCAAGGAAUGUGACAAGUGCAGUGGUAUUUGUAGUGGACACUACAAGGGACCAGAAGAGGUGCUAGCAGUGGAUAACUGCAAUUUGAGCAAAGCCUCCAUUUCUCCUCCAAGUACUGUGAUAAAAGAUGCCUUUGACAAAAAACAAAAGGAAUGUCUGGAACUGACGUCCGAUGAGAUAGAGAAACUAGCAAAGCAAACCUUACUCCGUACCGAUGAAGUUGAGAUGUGGGUAAGACACCUAAGUGAUGUGAGGAAACAUCGCCAAGCAGGUGCCCAGAAAGCUUCUGCAAAAAGAAAAGAGAACUCUCUCAAGAAGAAGUCUAGUAAAGCAGCUGUUGACACCCCUGACUCGUGGUGUAUUUGUGGAGGGCCAGAGUGUGGAGACAUGAUUGCCUGUGAACAUAAAGACUGUCCCAUAGAGUGGUUCCAUUUUCAGUGUGUGGGGCUUUCAACAGCACCAAGUGGAGAGUGGAUUUGCGCACAGUGCAAGGUUGCAGCCAUGGAGAAUUCACCUCAGUAG